AAUCUACGUCAUUUUUUUAGGAAAACAAAAACAACAGCAGUGAGUGCAGUAGAUACAGAAUAGCAGAUUUUACGUCCAUACUGUGUUUUAAUAGCUAUUGUUUUAGCAACUGUUUUCAUGUGAAAAAUGAAGCAGACGUUUCUGGCGUCCUCUUAUCGCAACAGCUAAAUUUGAAGCUUGUACGCAGUCCCAGAACUUUUUGCUGGUAGCAGCUGCCAUCAAGAAAUAAAGAUGUCCCAGCAAAGAGGAGUGAACAGUCUUCAGUUUAAUCAAGAUCAGAGUUGUUUCUGUUGUGCAAUGGAGACUGGUGUUCGCAUUUACAAUGUGGAGCCCCUUAUGGAAAAAGGACAUCUUGAUCACGAACAGGUUGGAAGCGUGGCUCUUUGCUCCAUGCUUCAUCGCUCAAACUUACUGGCUGUUGUUGGAGGAGGUGUCAACCCUAAAUUUUCAGAGAUCUCAGUGUUGAUCUGGGACGACGCACGGGAUUCAAGAGAUUCCAAGGACAAGUUGGUUUUGGAAUUCACUUUCACAAAGCCUGUGCUAGCUGUCCGCAUGAGACAUGACAAGAUCAUCAUUGUCUUGAAAAACAAAAUCUAUGUGUACAGUUUCCCUGACAACCCUGUGAAGUUGUUUGAAUUUGACACCAGAGAUAAUCCAAAAGGUUUGUGUGACCUAUGCCCUAGCCUUGAAAAGCAGUUGCUGGUUUUCCCUGGACACAAGUGUGGAAGUUUACAGCUAGUGGAUCUAUCCAAUACCAAACCAGGAACAUCCUCUGCACCUUUUACCAUCAAUGCCCACCAGAGUGAGAUUGCCUGCUUGGCACUUAAUCAGCCUGGCAGCGUGGCUGCGUCUGCCUCCCGUAAGGGCACUCUGAUCCGCCUCUUCGACACCACCACCCGGGACAAGCUAGUAGAACUACGAAGAGGGACAGACCCUGCCACACUCUAUUGCAUCAACUUCAGUCAUGAUUCUUCGUUCCUCUGUGCCUCCAGUGACAAGGGAACUGUGCACAUUUUUGCUCUUAAAGACACAAAACUCAACCGCCGGUCUGCGCUUGCGCGUGUGGGUAAGGUUGGCCCUGUGAUUGGUCAGUAUGUUGACAGCCAGUGGUCUCUAGCCAGCUUCACUGUGCCAGCUGAAUGUGCCUGCAUCUGUGCUUUUGGGAAGAACACGUCCAAGAAUGUGAACUCUGUGAUUGCGAUAUGUGUCGAUGGGACAUUCCACAAGUAUGUCUUCACCCCGGAUGGAAACUGUAAUCGGGAAGCUUUUGAUGUUUACCUUGACAUCUGUGAUGACGAUGACUUCUGAAAUGUAAAACUUGUUUGAAUUGAUGUAAAUGAUGACAAUGACUGCUUCAUGGAACAGUUUUAUCAGUGCAAACAAACAUUAUAUUUACAAAGCUGCAAAAUUUGAAGCGAUGCCUGGAAAAAAGAAGGUUUUGUAUGUGUUAUGUGUCGAUAUAUGUUUGUAAACACAUGUAUAUAGCCACAGACUGGAUAUCAAAUAAAAGUGCUUAAAACAA